UUAUUUCCUAUGUGGAAGGUUUGUUUUUGAGUACAAGAUAUGCUGAUCUCUGAUGAAGCAGAUAAUGAUGUGUUCUUUGACUCGGUUGAUUGGCUGUCACCUCCUCAAGAAUUUGGCUAUGAUGUUUGGAUGAAUGAGCCUCUCAGUGUGAAGGAAAGAAGGGAACGGUUUCUACAAGGGAUGAUGGGUUUGGAUGAUGCUUCUCCCAAGGUUUGUUUGCAAGAGAAGAUGAUGAGCUAUGAUUCCUCAUCAGUUAGGUUGGGAUUGGAGAGGAUCAGGGACUGCAGUGGAGCAGUCUCAAAUGCUACUGAUCAUGUUCCUGUGAAGUUGGUUCACUCAGGAUGUGAACCAACUUCUGAAGCACAAGUCAUGUUUGAUGAACUCAAAGGGUGCCCGGAUGAUAAAUCAGAUGCAAGUGUUGAAGGGAAGGUGUAUGAGCUCUCUUAUUCAGAUCAAGAGCUUAGACAUGGAGAAGCUGAGGUUCUACCAGAAUUUUUUGGGGAUUUUGAUAUUGGUAUAAAGAAAAAGAAAAAUUGGUGGGACAAAUUUGUGAACAGAAAGAAAGGAGGUGGAGGGAAAGUGAGAUCAAAAUUGAGUAAAGGGACAAAUAAAACUCGUAGAAUUAAAGUAAGGCGGAAUAAAAAGAGGUGGACGGAGUUCAGUGCACUAUAUAUGGGACAAGAGAUUAGAGCACACAAAGGCCUAAUUUGGACAAUGAAAUUUAGUCCCAGUGGUAAGUAUCUGGCUAGUGGAGGUGAAGAUGGUGUUAUACGCAUAUGGCGUGUAGUAUCAAUGAAUACAUCCAGUAAUUGCUUCACCGAAGAAGACAGUGCUGUUAGCAAAGCGAAACAUGACAUCUCUUGUUCUCAGAAGAAACGCUCAAGCCAAUCCUUCAUUGUUCUUCCAAAUAAGAUUUUCAAAAUUGAAGAAUCACCAAUGCAAGAAUUUUAUGGUCAUUCCAGUGAUGUCUUGGAUUUGGCUUGGUCUAGUUCAGAUACUCUUCUUUCUAGUUCUAUGGAUAAAACUGUCCGCUUGUGGCAAAUUGGUUGUUGUCAAUGCCUAAGUGUUUUCCAUCACAAAGACUACGUGACAUGCAUUCAAUUCAACCCCGUUGAUGAAAAUUACUUCAUCAGUGGUUCCAUAGAUGGUAAAGUCCGAAUAUGGGGGAUACAUGAAGAGCGAGUAGUUGAUUGGGCAGACAUACGAGAUGUCAUAAGUGCUAUAAGUUACCAGCCAGACGGAAAGGGAUUUGUAGUUGGUUCGCUUACAGGCACUUGCCGCUUCUAUGUUGCUUCAGGAAAAUAUUUCCAGCUUGAGGCGCAGAUUCAUGUCAAUGGGAAGAAGAAAAUUGGCAGCAAGAUUACUGGCAUUCAGUUUUCCCAGAAUAACCAUAAGAAAGUUAUGAUCACAUCAGAAGAUUCUAAGAUAAGGAUAUUGGAAGGUGUUGAACUUGUUCAGAAAUAUAAAGGCCUUCCAUGGUCAGGAAGUCAAAUGUCUGGUUCAUUUACAUCAAGUGGAAAACAUAUAGUUUCAGUUGGAGAGGACUCUCGCGUCUAUAUUUGGAACUUCAAUGACAUGGAAAAUGCUUCUUCCAAACACACAAAAUCCGAGCAUUCUUGUGAGUACUUUCGCUCCAAGGGGGUUACUGUUGCAAUACCUUGGUCAGGCAUGAGUGCAGAACAAAUGGGCUUUGACAAUGAUUUUGCCCACUAUUCAUCAGAAAUGCAGCACCAAUUAGAAGCUGCUUCUGUGUCUAGAGAGUCAGAACGAGUUUCUUGUAGUAGUUGGUUCUCCAUUGAUGCUACAUGCCGAGGCUCUAUGACAUGGCCAGAGGAGAAGCUUCCCAGUUUGGAUUUGCCUAUUGAAGAAGUUGAGUUUGAUCACCAACAGCUAUGUCUCAAAGAUCCUUCCCAUGAUAAUUGUGUAUCAGAAACAUGGGGACUAUCAAUUGUAGCAGCUGGUUGUGAUGGAACCAUCAAAACAUUCCAUAACUUUGGAUUGCCUAUUAGGUAG